AUGGAGAACACACUUAGCUCUACCUUGAACGGUCUGACUUCUGCUGUACAAGCUCUCGCUUUACAAAUUAGAUCUAUAAACACCCCCAACAGUCAACCUGCAAGCUCUAAUACACUUCCGUCUCAACCUUUUCCCAACCCCAAAGGAGGCAUCAAUGCCAUCACUUUGAGGUCUGGAACCACACUGCAAGAGAGGAGUUAUGAGGAGCCAUGUUCAAGGGAGAACAUUCAAGUUAAAGAUGCUGUUGAGGUAGAAGAUGCUGAAGAGGAAGAUGAGGUACAAGACAUGGUUGAAGAAGCAGCAACUCAACCAGAGAAUGGAGCAUCAAAGGCAGCUGAAGCUUCACGUGACGCUAUCCCUAUCCCCUUUCCACAUCUUGCAAGAAAGUCUAGAAAGCAGAUGGAGCUUGAUCCCAAAAUGGUAGAAAUCUUCAAAAAGGUUGAAGUAACUAUUCCCCUCUUUGAUGCUAUUCAGCAAGUACCUAAAUAUGCGAAUGAUCCAGGUCCAUGCAUAGUUAGCUGUACUAUUGAGGGUGUAACAAUUUUUGACUGCAUGUGUGAUAUAGGAGCAUGUGUGAGUAUUAUGCCAUUAUCUGUAUAUGAUGCUUUGAUGCUACCUCCUUUAAAAAGGUCGGCAACACGUUUUGUUUUGGCAGAUAAAAGCAUAAUCUCUGUGGUUGGUAUUGCUGAGGAUGUGCUAAUGAGCAUUAAGGGGCUAAUAUUCCCUAUUGAUUUUUACAUCUUGGAGAUGCCCCCUAAUGACUCCGGGAGGCAGUCAUCCAUCCUACUUGGAAGACCAUUUCUGAAGACUUCAAAGUUCAAGUUGGACGCCUUCUCAGGAACCUACUCUUUUGAGAUAGAUGGCAGAACAGUGAGCUUCAAUCUGGAUGAAGCUAUGAGGCAUCCAAUGGAAGAUCACUCCAUCUUCCAGUGUGAUAUUAUUGAUGAGAACAUGGCUGUAGUCCAUCAGGAAGAAAUAGAAGAGAUGCACAUGGAGCAAGUAGCAAGUGUGGGGAAGCCCUCUGAGCUUUCUGAAGAUGUCAUACCACCACACAUAGCUCCAGAUGAUCAAGUGCCUAGCCAGGAGCAGAAAACAGAAUUGAAGCCCCUUCCACCCCACCUCAAGUACGCAUACUGGUGCACAGAAUUGUGA